CGACGACGCAUGUCAAUUCCACGCGAAGCAUGUAUACCGUGGACCUGUUGGUGGAACCCGGACGUCAACAUUUGAGACGUCUCAAUGACGACACGCCCAGUCCUCCCCUGGAACGAAAGGCUCAGUGCCGUGACAGGGCAGCUUGAUGCUUUUCGACGUCGCUGCCGUGGAAACGACCAGUCGAGCGGCAUUAGAUCCUCCAUCUCGCCAUCCAUCCAUCCGUCCAUUUGUUCCCCAAAACAUGGCGGACGUCAAGUGAGAAGAGGAGCGGAGGGGAAUCGUGUGAAAACCUACAAAAAAAAAAAAAAGGAAAAAAAAAAACCCCCAAACAAGCCGAAAGAGCGAGGAGGUGCCUGCAGCAUGCCGCUGGUGAAGAGGACCAUUGAGCCGAGGCACCUGUGCCGUGGGGCGCUGCCGCACGGCGUCACCAGCGAACUGGAGUGCGUCACCAACAGCACGCUCGCCGCCAUCAUCAAACAGCUGGGAGGCCUCAGUCGCCACGCUGAGGACAUUUUCGGGGAGCUGUUCAAUGAAGCAAACAGUUUCUACCUAAGGAUGAGCAGCUUGCAGGAGCGCGUCGACCAACUGGCGGUCAAAGUCACUCAGCUGGACUCCACGGUGGAGGAAGUGUCCCUCCAGGACAUCAACAUGAGGAAGGCCUUCAAGAGCAGUACCGUGCAAGACCAGCAGGUGGUGUCCAGGACGUCAGUGCCCAACCCGGUGGUGGAGAUGUACCAUCGCUGCGACAAGCCGCCUCCGCUCAACAUCCUCAGCCCUUACAGGGACGACAAGAAGGACGCGCUGAAGUUCUACACGGACUCGUCCUACUUCUUCAACCUGUGGAAGGAGAAGAUGCUGCAGGCCACGGAGGACAAGCGCAAGGAAAAGAGGCGGCAGAAGGAGCAGCAGAGGCAGGUAGACGACCCAGGCCGAGAAGUGAAGAAGGUGCGUAAGGCUCGUAACCGCCGCCAGGAAUGGAACGUGCUGGCCUAUGACAAGGAGUUCCGACCAGAUGCCAGGCUCACACCUUCGCCUUACCACGGCAUGUCUCCAGAGGGCUCCUUGUCCCCCGACAGCAGGUCCGUGGCAUCAGACUCUUACCCCGCCAGUCCCAAUCACGCCUCGAGCCAGGCGUCCGCUUCGAACCACCACGCCAGGGAUCACACGGGCGCAACGGCCCAGACCCAGUCGCUGGAUCGGGGGCUCAGGCCCGCCAACCAGGCCGCUGGAGGAGGAGGGGCGGUCGCCGCCGGGCGCCACGUCGCCUCCCUGGGCAGGACCCCGUCGGCUCAGGCCGGCGGGGAUCUGACCGUCAACGGGCCCAGGCAGCCGCCGCUCAAAGAUUACCGGGCCGGCCACGGCAGCCAACCCGCCACCAUCCCGGAGUACUACAUCCCGCCUGCGCCUCCCCCUCCGCCCCCGACCAUCCCCUCUGCCCAGACCGCCUUCGAUCACGCCCCGGCCCCGGCCUCCGGCGCUGCCUCGGCCGUGCCCUCCGUCUCCUCUGCCCUCUCCCGUCCGUACUCCCCCUCCCCUCCUCCGCCCCCCGUCAACUACGUGCCCUCUCCCGCCCACCCGCCUUCAGGGGUGCCGCCGGCCGCCCCGCCUCCGCCUCCGCUCGGAGGUCCCGGGAAGGAUGCCGCGCCCCCCGCCCGGAAGGCCACUGUGUUGGGGAUGAUCCCCAUGAGUGACGCCCGGUCUGACCUGCUGGCUGCCAUACGUAGAGGCAUCCAGUUGAGGAAGGUGCAGGAGCAGCGGGAGCAGGAGGCCAAGCGCGAGCCGGUCGGCAACGACGUGGCCACCAUCUUGUCUCGACGCAUCGCGGUGGAGUACAGCGAGUCCGACGACGACUCUGAGCUGGAUGAGAAUGAGUGGUCCGACUAAAAAAAAAAAAAAAAAAAAAAUCUGCUGCGCUUCGGUGAAGCGCUGCACGCAUUGCUGACCGAUUUUCACAUUUACAUCCACUACCGUUAAAAAGAUUGGGGUGAAUUUUUUUUUUGGGGGGGGGGGGGGGAAGUAGUGCUUGUCUUUGGAAGAAGCUAUUAAAUCAUGAAAAUAGUCUAGAUCAUUUUUUUUAGUGGUUUUCGAAACCAAAUCCAGACAUCUCUUGUCCCUCCAAACCUGAAUAGGGAUGUCGACACUCAAUCUUGUGGUUUCAAGAAACUUUUUGGGUUCCCCCUAACUUUUCAACAGUAGUGUAUGAUGAUAUUCUUUUUGAACACACCUCAAAAUAGAAAGGUUGGGUUCCCACUUACGCCUUUUUCCACCCCAAAAAAUGGGGAAAUAAUUGUUGCUCUUCCAUGCGCUUUCUGAAUGACGGAAAACAUUUCAGGUGGCGGCGUAUCUGCCAAGUGCUCCUUCUGAAAACUGGUUUGGAGAAGAAACUGUGAACCCGCAUGAUCACUUUCAACUUGGGCCCAGUUGACACGCAAGGACAAUCGGCCCGUUUUUGCCCCUUAUGACCAAGCACGUCAAAUGCCAGACAAUCCUAAGUCUUCAAAAAGGUUGUCCUUCAGACUGACGUGUGCUUCGUCCCGAUUUUACGAUCCCAAACAGGUCUGAGUUGACCAUCUAAAAUCACAAACGUGCUCAAUAUUUAUGAGCAAAAGUCUUCUUCACGUUUGUGGGGUAGAGGCGACUUACAUUAACCUGAGCGAGGAACAAAAUACAGCCAAUCAAGAAGCGCGUUGACGCAACAAAAAGAAACCACCUGAAAUGGAAAAAGAAGCACCUGAUGUUUCUUUUGUAUGAACGUGGGUUCCCCAAAGCCCAAGAAGUUAUGUAUUUCCCAAAGCAAGUUGCUUUUUGAGGACAUCGUCCUUUGACGAGGCUCCCGGCUCUCCUAUCCUGAAGGAAUGUUCAGGAAACAUUCAAGCGUUUCCUCCUCUUGAGUUUUGUGGGAGUGGGUGUGAUCAAAAUUUAGAUGUCGGCGCUGGAAAAGAUUGAUUUUUGUGUGCGUGGUGUGCUGCGUUAUUAUUGGAGCAAACUGCACACAAUCUGACCAAAUCUCUUCACACUCAGACCCCCUCCCCCCCCCCCCCCCCCCCACGCUCUGUCCCUCAUUUCGCAUUUGAAAAGUCCUCAUCUCGUGUACCCAGCCUACCUUUUGACCAUCAAUUGCAUUAUGUCGGUCACGUGCUUCUAGUUGACGGAACAAAGCCGCAAAUCACUCUGCGCUAUUUAGCAGAUGCGAGUUAACUGGCGCCAAUUAGCAGGAGCCCAUUAAAUGGCGCUACUUGCCACUUGGAUGCCAUCAGUUUGGACUCCUCUUUACUUCCGACACACCUAACCAUGGAAGUUUAUUUCUGUUGAAAUGAGAGAAAUUGUCACUUUGAUGAAACUUGAAUAAUUGUGCAGUGGCUCUGUUGCAAGAUAUUUCAUCUUUUUUUUCGUUGUCGCAAAAACAAGGUCAAUCGGGAAGAGACCAGUUGUGUUCAUGAGACCGAAGGCCCAAACUACCAUGGACGCAGCAUCUUUGGAAGUAAAAGUUGUGGGUGAUGUUGCAUUGAAACGAAAAAGCGGCAAAGUGUCCCGGUGCCCUCGUCAGGGGCAAUCUGGCAAACUGUGUCAUCAUCCUCCCACUCUCUGAAUCGCUCACUUCGAAAGUUAGCGCAGGCCAAUGUCAA